AUUUGAUAAUAUUUAUUUAACUGCUGACUGCACAUGACCUCGCUAGUCGCAAUGUCGCAUACCGUGUUCUCAAUUUCCCAAUCUACGCGUAAGCUAAUUAUUGGUGAGACAAAGCCAAUUGCAAUUGGCCGCCAUAAAUAAAUGGAAACCAUGACUUCGUCCUCCAUUAACGGACAAAACUAUUUCAGUUUUUCCACCCCUUCUCUUUCUCUCUCUCUCUCACGAGCACACACAGAUAUUUAUAUAUUUGACAUCAGUUGAUCAAUUUUGUUUCUCGGCCGAUGGAGUCAACGGCGGCUCAAUCUCCGUAUGAGCUGCUGCUUCAAGCGGCGUCAAUCAUACCAAUUUCUCACUAUUUAUUGGGAUUUUUCUCCAUUUUAAUCGUAUUUCUGUACAAUUUUCUCGAAAUCCACAUUCUGCGAGAUUUAUUCAGCGGGCUCAGGGGACAGCCGGUGGUUUUGACAUUCGAUCCUUGUUCUCAACUCUACCGCGAUGUUGUUUCCAAGUGUAAAACUCUUCAUGGAAGGUACUUAUCAACACCAUGGUUGUCAAGUCCGCAUCUUCAGACAGCUUUUCUCUACUAUUUUGGAAAUUCGCCUGUUGUUAAUUACAGAAGGCAGAUCUUUAUGACCUCUGACGGUGGAACUUUAGCUUUAGACUGGGUCAAGAAUGCCAAUGCUAAGAAACAAGACUAUCAUGUAAAUGAUGCUGUUCAGCAAGAUGAUAAAAAUCCUCUCAUAAUCGUCGUUCCAGGAUUAACCAGUGAUUCUAAUUCUCCUUAUAUCAAUCAUUUGGCUUUUAACAUGGCUAAACACGGAUGGAAUGUUGUUGUGAGCAAUCACAGGGGACUUGGUGGUGUACCAAUUACGUCUGAUAACUUUUAUAAUGGGGGAUGGACUGAGGAUGUCAGAAAGGUGAUUGACCAUCUCCACCGCCAAUAUCCUGAAGCUCCUCUAUUUGUUGUUGGAACUAGCAUCGGCGCUAAUAUUCUGGUUAAAUAUCUUGGUGAGGAUGGUGUAAAAGCUCCCAUCAUUGGAGCUGCAGCAAUCUGUUCUCCAUGGGACCUUUUGAUAUGUGAUAGAUUUAUGAACCGUAGACUUGUACAGAGGUUGUACAACAAAGCUCUUACCAUUGGCUUGAAAGAUUAUGCACAGUCGCACGCGGCUGUCCUCUCUCGUCUUUCAAACUGGGAAGGUGUUAAGAAGGCACGUUCCGUUCGGGACUUUGAUGAUUGUGCAACUCGUGUUGUUGGUAAUUAUGAGACUGUGGAUACAUAUUAUAGGCGUUGUAGUGCUUCCAACUUUAUUGGGGGUGUAACGGUGCCCCUUCUUUGCAUUAGCUCUUUAGACGAUCCAGUAUGCACAAGUGAAGCAAUACCGUGGGAUGAGUGCAGGUUAAAUACUAAUGUUGUCUUGGCUACUACACAACAUGGAGGGCAUUUACCCUUUUUUGAAGGAAUAGCUGCAAAAAGUGUCUGGUGGGUAAGGGCUGUUGAUGAAUUUUUUGUUGCUCUGCAAUCCAGUCCACUUAGAAAGAAGGAAAAAGAGGUUGUUUUUAUUUCCUCUGCCAAUCCUCUAGAGUCUUCAAUAGAUCAAGCCCCAUAUGUGCAUGUAUCAGAAGACGGUAUGGUCAGUGCAGUAAACAAUGAAUUAGCCGCUCAACAAGAAGAAGAAAACGUGCAUCAGAGCAAGACCAAUGAUGAGGAACUUGACCAAGAAAACAAAAACACAAAUAUGAUCCUUAAUCAGCCACAAGCCACUGCUCGUCCCCUAGAAAAUGACCUAGUUGCCCCUGUAAAGAAAUGCCUAAACCAGCUUUCCCGCCAAAAUCGAAAUUCCUUGUGGCUGCUGGCAUACAUUGCAAUCAUUACUACUUGGCCAGUCGUGGGUUCGGCUCUCAAGUUUUUCUUUAGGAAAAAGUUGAAGAAUUUUUCAUCGAGAACAUCAGUUAAAAGUUAAUGAUAACCAAACCGGAGUAACUUUAAUCUGUGCCCCUUGUGUAAUGGGGUGGAUGGAUCACAAUAAAUUUUUGUUACAGAAAAUUACAGAUUGUUUUAGUAGACGAUGUCGGCUACCACGAGGAAAAAUUAUGCUGGUCAUGGAUAGAAAUUAAAGAAACCAAAGAAAAUUCAUCCAGGCUUCAAAAGAGACUAAAGUUAGCCCCAGUCGAUCAAUAUGAUUAAUAAGUUCGUUUCUAGGGUGUACGUGAAAUUUGUAUUCGUAUGAGUUUUGUGUUGGUUGAAAUGGAAACGACUGGAAAAAAUUUAGCAAAUUUCGAAAGUAGUAGUUGCUAACUUUCUUGCUAGCAUCCCCUCUAUAUAUAAUUUUAAAAUAGGUUGAGCCUACGCGCCAAACUCUCACGCUUCGAAAUCUUAUUUGGCAAAAAACUAUGUUUUGGAGUUAGGUUUGGAUAUAAAUUAAUAUUUUUUU